AUGGCGUACAUGAACUCAUACCCGAUGCCGACUUUGGAGAACCAAACUCCGUCCUACCCGCCGAUGUCGAAUCAAUCUAUGUCGAACCAACCUAUAUCACACCAGCCUAUGCCGCACCAGCCUAUGUCGCAUCCGCCUAUGUCGCACCCGCCUAUGUCGCACCCGCCUAUGUCGAACCAACCUAUGUCGUACCCGCCUCCUAUGCCGCACACGAUUAUCUCGAAUGCGCCUAUGCCGUACCCGACUGUGUUAAACCCGACUACCUCGAACCCAACUGCGUCUAACCCGAGCAUGCAAAUCAUCGAUGAUGACGAAUCAGAUUUUGAGCUUGAGAACAGGCCUGUGACGGAGAGCUGCGAUGUCUUACGGCGUAAGAUACGCACCUUGAUUGACAAUGGCGAAAUGAAAGUGGGCGAGUUCCAAAAAGCAGUUGGCAUCGCGCCCAAUGCGUACUCGCGCUUUAUGAGCCAGCAUGGGAAGGAGAAGGGAGUUGAGUCUUCAGUGUAUGUGGCAGCGUACGCAUUCUUCCAGCAGCGCGAGAUGGCAGGCAUCAAGACGACCGCGAAUAAGAAGGCGAAGAAGAAUGAAGGAGACGCGGGAAAGGACAGCGUGCCUAGUGUCGAUGAUGUUGAGCUGGAUUUUGAGAAAGAAGAUAAAGUACCAGUAUACGGUAAGCUUUCGCACCACCAUGACGGAAGAGAUGUGAGCACUCACACGCUGAUAGAUAAAUGCGACGACGUCCGCCAUAAGAUCAACGCACACCUCAAGAAACCCGGCGUAACCCAGGCUGCAUUCCUUCGCGCAGCCUCAGCGUCCUUCCACAACCCAUCCAAGACCCUUAACGCGCGUCAACUCUCUGCUUUUCGCAGCAAGAAAGGGGCGUUGAACGGCAACACAUCCGGCAUCUAUUAUGGUUCGUACGUCUACUUUGAAAAGCUACGCAUCAAAGAGGGAAAGCCCAAGAGCAAGAAAAGGCAGGAGAUGGAGGAGAUACAUGCCAAGGAUGGCGGAAUCGACACAAAACAUAUGCAGGACCGACUUACUACCCUAGAGGGUGACCACUGGCACCAUGAUGCCUAUGGGAGGACGAUUCUCAACGGGGAGAUUCUUGAGUAG